AUGCGUAAAUUUAACCCGUUCCGAUCUAAAAAAUAUCGUGAUUCUUCUUAUCGAAGCAAGACAACAACAGCAUUACCUAGUUUUAUAUCUUAUUCAAAUAUGAAUAUUGAUCAUACAACAUCUACUCAACCUAUUAAUAUCUCAGCACCGAUUAUUAAUUGUACUGACAAGGUUGUGAUUAACGGCAAAUAUCAACUAAAUGAAAACUCUAAUGAGGAACAGACAGCAAUUAUAGAAAAUGACAACGUUGAAGAACAAAUAGUCAUAUCAGAACAACGAGAAAAAAUGUCUGAUGAAUCUAACUGUACAUAUGAUCAGCUUGCUUCAUCUAUAUCAACAUCAAGUAAUCAAUCAUCUUCAUCAAUAAAACAGAUUGAAUCAUCAUCAUUAUCAUCAUCAUCACCACCACCAACAAUAACAAUGGUUGGUAAUAGUCCAAAAGAAGAUAUUUUAACAAGUUGUAAAGCAACAGCAAUGAUUUAUAAUGAUACACAAAAAAAAUGGAUACAUUGUGCACCAAAUGGUCCAGCUAAAAUUCAAUUAUUAUUUUCAUCAGAAACUCAAACAUAUCGUAUUGUUGGUAGACAAAUACAAAGUCAUGAAGUUGUUUUAAAUCAUUCAAUUAUAAAAGGUAUUAAAUAUAAUCAAGCAACACCUACAUUUCAUCAAUGGCGUGAUCAAUCAUGUGUAUAUGGUUUAAAUUUUUCAUCAAAAAUUGAUGCACAAGAAUUUGGUACAACAAUGAUGAAAAUUCUGGAAAAUGUCAAUGGUUCUCCUAAUGUUUCUUCUCAGACAAAUAUUAAUACUCUAGCAACGCUUCCAUCGAUGACACAGAAUAAUAUCAAUAAUAUUAGCAGUAACAGUGCAACGUCGAAUAUACGUCAAACCAACCAGUUUUCUUCUUCGCUUCCUUCAACAGCGACAACAGUAUCUAUCCAUUCCACGUCAAAUUCUUCUUCUUCUGUAUCAGAGAUAAAGCAACAACAACAACAACCACCACAACAACAACAAUACUCGUCUCUAGCUUACAAUAAUCCAUUGCGUACAAAUUCAAUAUCAAUAAAUUCUAUACCAACUUCAACUACUAGUAAUAAUUAUUAUAGUCAAAAUCCUCAACCAACUGAAGACGACGAUACAAAUUACGCACUUAUAUCAGAUUCAUAUUCAUCAUACGGUGAUAAUUCAAUAAAUAAAAUCAAUAAUAUUCCACCAGCUCCACCAUUAAAUCCAUCUAUGUCGACAACAGGUAGUGCUCCUCCGGCUGCUCCACCGCCACCACCACCACCACCACCUCCUCCACCUCCAUUACCUAGUGGUUUGGGUAGUGGACCACCACCUGCACCUGGGUUAGUUCUUCCUAAUGCUAAUGGAAAUGGUAGUGCGAAUACAGGACGAAAAUCGACUACAAGUGCUCCACCACAGGAUUUAAUGUCUGAAAUGGCAGCUAAAUUUGCUCAACGACGAAAAGUUAUUGAUGAAGGUGAAAAAGGUGAUUCAUCAAAUACAGUUUCUACUAAAGCAUCACCAAAAGCAACAACAUCAACUUUACCAGCAGCAACACCAGCACCUGUUCAAACAUCACCACGUGUUGCACGAAAAACAACUGAAUCAAGUUCAACAAAUAUUACAGCAACUGAUUUGGAAAAAAUCAAAAAUGAAAUACUUACUGAAAUACGUAAAGAUAUUGAAAAAGCUAAACAAGAAAUUCUUACUGCUAUUCUUGAUCAACAAAAACGUGUCAAAAAAUAA